AAUGUGACACCCAAAAUGUAUUUCUUUUACUCUAAGAGCAAUAAUUUGGUGCCCAAGGCAAAGCGGAAAUGCACUAUUCUGCGCGGUACAACCUCUUCCUGCCCUCUUUCCAGCUUCCCGUGCAACAUGACCAAGAAGAGAAGGAACAACGGUCGUGCCAAGAAGGGCCGUGGGCACGUGCAGCCCAUCCGCUGCACCAACUGUGCCCGCUGCGUCCCCAAGGACAAGGCCAUCAAGAAAUUUGUCAUCAGGAACAUUGUGGAGGCUGCAGCCGUGAGAGACAUCUCAGAGGCCAGUGUCUUUGAUUCAUAUGUUCUGCCCAAGCUCUAUGUGAAGCUGCACUACUGUGUCAGCUGCGCCAUCCACAGUAAGGUGGUGAGGAACCGCUCCUGUGAGGCCAGGAAAGACCGCACACCGCCACCCAGGUUCAGGCCCAAUGCUGGUGCACCGAGAGCUCCUGCAAAGCCCAUGUAAAUGACAUGCUUUACAUAUGAGGAAUAAAAAUCUUCCCAA